AUGCGCGGAAUCACCCGAGCCUUCCCCGUCACGACGCCGACGGCUUCAGUCAAGCAUCCUCUCCGGCCAUGGCAAGUAGGUCCCGAGGGGACCGAGGGCAUCUACCGCCUCCUCCUUCUCGAACAGCGCAGGCGGGAGGAUAUGCCGGUGGAGCAUACAUCCCGCGGCAACAACUCGCCGAUGCGAUCCACGACGAGUAGCCUACAGAACUAUGGACCCGGCACCGAUCCUUACGGCGACGACCCCUAUGGAUACUCGUCAUCGAACCGAAGUGUCGACCGCCGCUUAGGAGAAGUGAACCCGAAUGAUAUCGAAGAUGACGGCGACGACGGCUUGCAUUACCCACGUUACAGCCAGCGCAAUUCAAUGCUCAGCUCUGGUACAUCUGAUCGCGGUGCGCGGCCUGCCAUUGGGGGAACCGCGGCGGCCGGAGCUGGUAUGGGUGGCUACUUCGCCAAGUCCGGGACCGCUGAGCGUCCUGUGGAAUACGAUCUCGCUGCCACCGACAAGGAGCGCUCCGAGUGGACCAAGCAUGAAGGCAUGAGUAAGCGCAAGAAGAGCUUCAUCAUCUUUGUCCUGCUCUUUGUCAUUAUUGGUGCCAUUGUUGGUGGCGUUGUUGGCGGUAUGGUUGCCAAUACCGACAACAAGAAGGACGACGCCAACGAUGGGGACUCUGCAAAAAAGGAUUCUGAGAAAAAUGGUGUUCUGGACAAGAACAGUCAAGAAAUCAAAGAUCUCAUGGACAACCCUGAGCUGCAUCGAGUCUUCCCCGGAAUGGACUACACACCGAUCAACACGCAAUAUCCGGACUGCGUGCACAACCCGCCGUCGCAAAACAACGUCACCCGCGACAUGGCCGUCUUGAGUCAACUCACCAACCGUGUACGAACCUAUGGUACCGAUUGCAACCAAACAGCCAUGGUGAUUGAGGCGAUCAACCUGUUGGACCUCAAGGAUGAUGUGAAAAUCUGGAUGGGUGUGUGGCAGGACAAGAACACGACAACCAACAAGCGUCAGCUGGAUCAGAUGUAUCAGACGCUUGAGGAUUACGGCGACGAGCACUUUGAGGGUCUCAUUGUUGCCAACGAGAUCCUCUUCAGGGAGGAGAUGGACGUUACCGAACUGGGUGACUUGUUGGACGAAGUACGCACCGAGCUCGACAAGAUGAACCUGGAUCUGCCCGUCGCGACCUCUGACUUGGGUGACGACUGGACGUCUGCGCUCGCGGACACUAGCGACUACCUCAUGUCCAACAUCCACCCCUUCUUUUCCGGCGUGACAGCCGACAAAGCUGCUGCAUGGACCAUGGAGUUCUUCGAAGACCAGAACGGCCAGUUUUUCAAGACGACGGGGGGCAAGACGGACAAGAAGCGAAACGUCAUCUCCGAGACGGGAUGGCCCACGGGCGGCGGCACGAAUUGCGGCGGUGCAUCGAGUUGUAAAGAAGGAUCAGUGGCCGGCGUGGACGAACUGAAUACCUUUAUGAACGACUGGAUAUGCCCCGCGCUCAAGAAUGGCACCAACUACUUUUGGUUCUCCGCCUUUGACGAGCCGUGGAAGGUCCGAUUCAACGAGAAGGGCAAGGAGUGGGAGGACAAGUGGGGCAUCAUGGAUGUCGACCGGAACCUGAAGAAGGGGGUGAAGAUCCCCGACUGCGAUGGUCAAACGGUAUCGUGA